AUGACUAUAAGCGACUCUCCUAUUACAAUAAACCCUCAGGCUGCCAGAAAAAGAAUUAACUGGAAGAAAUGUAAGCAAAAAUUAUGGCUUAAAUCUCCAAUACUGACGACCAAAUUAUCAAACCCAACAGAAAUCGACAACGAGGUUGAUUCAUUUACCACACUCAUCAAGUCAUCAACCGAAAAAUGCUCCUACCUCAUUAACAAACCUCAAACCAGAGAGCCACUCUCCCCCGAUAUCCUACUUGAGAUUGCCAACAAACGGAACUUAAGGAAAGACUGA